AUGACCAUGUAUGAGAAAGUAGAUUUGACCAUAGAGUCCUACGAAACCAAGACACGAGAAGUAAUACUGUCAGAGUGCAAGAACAUGGAUUCAAAACUCCUAAAGUCAAUCCUACCAAACAGUACGAAGUUCCCCGAGUGGUACGGUCUUCCAAAGGACCAUAAGCAGAACUUACCAUUGCGACCCGUGGUAGCAGCGUGCGACAGCCCAACGACUGGAGUAUCUAUUGUAUUGGAGCGCAUCCUACAGCAGCUCAUUCAAUUUGUCCCGGCCCACCUGGCUAACACGACGGAAGCAAUAACCCACAUCUGUGACGCAUGUCCGGGAUUGAACGCCCCCGAUGGCACCAUCGUUAUGUCCGUGGAUGUAGUCGGGCUAUAUCCGAGCAUACCUAUUCGGGAGGGCGUUCAGGCAGUGGUGGAUAUGCUGCAGCAGUAUUUCCAGCGGAUCGACAUGUUUGGGCUGAGUGUGAGCGGGGUACGGAAUCUGUUGCUGUUUGUUCUCAGCCACAACUAUUUCAGAUUCGGCCAUCAGAUCUAUCACCAAGUGGACGGGGUUGCAAUGGGUAACAAUCUUGCACCCCCAUUUGCGAUUCUAUUUAUGCAUACGGUUGAGGCCAGGCUUCUGCAGGAUUCUCCGUUAGUACCGCUCCUCUACAAACGCUACAUCGACGAUAUCCUGCUGCUAUGGACCCACGGCAGGGACAGCUUGAUGCGGUUUGUGCAGCAUUUCAACUCUGCACACCCAAGUAUCAACUUCACAUAUGAGCUCAGCGAGGCGUCCACCAUACCGGAUCGGAAGGCCUCGUUUCCAGAACUUUGGAUGGGACAAACUGUGCAACAGCUGCAGUAA